UCGUUUACAUGACGUCAUUUCUGUUCUUUGUACUGAAUAACUCCAUGUUUGUUUUUGUUUUGUUUUAAAUGUUUUAAUACAUUUCGGUGUCGGUGUGUGUUCCUGUAUUAUAAAGAUUGUCGUUCUGUAUUUGACAUAUUGUGGUUAUAUUAUUUGUUUAUUUAAUGUUUUGUUAGUUGUGUUGGUCAUUUAUUACCUGACCUACCUGUAUGGAACCAAAUUAACUGUUUAAAACAGUAACUUAAGUUUUUUUAAGUAGUGAAUGACACUCCUAAGGUGAAGGUGCAGUGUGGUGAGAGAUUUGCCUAAGAUCGUGAAGCUUUAAUUUACCAACCCUAAAGAGAACUCACUAGCCUAGAUCCAAUUGAGCUGAAAGCCGAAAUGUUUUAGACUGAACUUAAUGUACACUGUUAACAACUGAAUUGCUACUGCCUUUCAAACUAUUCUAUAAAAAUGAAAAGAUUUUGUAUUCAAGCUGUUCUUUUACUGACUUUAUUCUAUGUAUUUGCUGGUACAAGUGGACUGGGCAAUGGAUCAGGUAGAGGGGGCGUGUCAUCUUUCAAGUCCGGGCCGAGGAAAGCAGUUUACAAUGGAUUGGGUUAUGCAAAUGGAGAUUACCAAAUGAAGCAAUUUGCUGAUGGCAAGCCAAUGCAGUCCUCCAAGCCUAGCCGGGGCAUAGGAAUGACAGCCUGGGGUAUAAUUGCUGUGUUGGCCGGCUCACUGCUUCUUGGAACCAUUCUGUAUUAUACUGUGCUGUUCUACCCCAUCCUCUGCAAGAAGGAACGCAAAGCCCAGAACCAUAGAACAUUGGACUGCUGCCCAUCGGCUCCUCCUGCGACAGACAAUAUCCCUGCACUCAGCACACCCGUAUAGACCGUCACAAUCCUAGUCACCUGUUAUUGUAUUGGUACUUGGCGUGCUACAUUGGUCAGUUGAUAGCUAUUAACUUAUUCUUAACCGUAUUUUCUAUUAAGUUUAUAAUAUAUUAUGUUUGUAUGCAUGGUCAUCAAACAGAAUUUACAUGAUUAUACAAGUGUAUGAAUCAGUAAUUUUCUCUUACAAUCGCAGCUGUUCAUUGUAAUUGAACAAGAUCGUUGUCACUUUAAUUUUUUUUCGAUAAUCAUAAUUAAUAGUGUAUUUUAACUUAUUUGUGUUACUUUGUAACGGAUAGAAAUGUUUUGUAAAUUAAAUUACAAAUCUGAUCAAAAUACUGCUCAAUUAACUAUAGAGAACAAAUUAAGCUUCCACAUCACAGCUCAUGUGUGAAUAUUUGUGUGCUCAAUUAAAAGUACCAUAAAGUUGUCAAUUUUGCAUUUGAAGAAGUAGUUUACUUAAACUUGCAUAUCAAAAGAUUGAAAUCAGUACAAAUUAUUUACUCCACUAGUGUGGUUCUUUAAUCUAUUUUAAAACUAUAUCUCAGUAUUAAAUUAAACUAAAAUGAAAAAAACUUUUAUAAUUUUCAGAUGCAAAACUAGGAUUUUGAAUGGUUUCUCUUAGCCUAGUGUAUAAAUAUAUCAUAAAUAGUUAUUAGAAAUGAGGGGUGUGUUUAUAAAGUGUACUCUCUUUUACAAGAAUUACUCUUUUAAUGUCUUUGUGUUACAUCUUAAUCCAGUAAUGUGUACUGCUCUUAAAGCCAGUUGAAAACCCUUUUCAGAAUGGACAUAUGCCAUCCUUAAUAUCUAGUUAGUUUCAAUCCGAUAUUGCUUUCAACUUAGAAAACAUAAAAUACUUAAGGAAGGAUAUGUCGUGUGAUCAAGAAGGCUUGUGUAACUUGCUGAAAAUAUCUUAAGAUUUUCCAUUUUCUAAUCAGUGUUAGUUAUUGGGGAAAACCUGUCAUAUCAGUGUUGUUCACUGAACGCCAAUUGUACGCAUUAGUCCCUUGAACAAACGCAUUCCAUUCAUUUAUGUGCAUUGUUAUAUGAAAUUUUUGUUUAAGGUACAUUUUGAAUACACCUCAUAUACGUACUGCCUUUAUACUAAUGUGAUCUUAAAGACUAUUUUACAUUUGUCUAUUUCAGUCUGUAAAUAGAAAAAUGUAAUUUUUCUCGGGUUUCCUUAUUCCUCUUUUAAUUAGUCAUUAGUUUUAUGUAGGCUAAAUAUAGCAUAAAAGAAUAGUAUGGAAUUAUUAGAAUAAGAUACUACCAGGGCAAUAGUAUAUUGUAUUUUAUCCUUAUUAACAACCAUGACAACUUGCAAUGUUUUCCAAAAACCUGUUGUUGGAAAUCUUUGAAAUAUGGGUUGAGCUCAAAUUCCACAUUGUUAUUAGUAUUACUAACAGAGUUAUAUUGCUAAACUAACUGCCGCCGAAACAUUUGUUACAGUAUUUUUAUAAAGCUAGACUUUGGUAUGGACAUUUAUAUUUAUAACAUGUAAUGUGAUUUAGAAUAUUAGUUGAGCUAGUAUUAGUUACUGUUGUAAAUAAUCGUUGUGCAUUUAAAUGUGCCUUUAUUGUGGCUGUAAACUAGUUGAUUGUAACCUUUUUUUAUACUAUGCUUUUAUGAAGUCGAACUGAAAUGGCCUACUAACAGUGUAAAGUAAUUUAUUAGAGAAUGCAUUUAAAACACUAUGACUGCAAUGAGAAAUUAUAUAACUAUACAAAGUAAUUUUGCUAUUUUAAAGCAACAAUAGGUAAUAUAUAUUUUUAAAGAAAUAUACAGUAUUUGUGGUGUAUGUUAAGAUUAUGACAUUUAAUUUUUUUUAUUAAAUAUUUUAUAAAAAAUAAUAAAUGGCAUUUAUCAUGCAA